AAUGAGGAGGUGAACAUCAUGGUGUACCUCGCCCUGGAUCGCUUCCUCUGCAGGGAGGAGGAAGAAAUGGAAUUUCCUUCCUCUUUCACGAGUACAGAAAGAGUGUUUGUUCACUGGCUCUGUCGGUCUCUCGGACUCAUAUCUAAAAACAAAGGAAAAGGAGCACAUCGAUACCUGGCUGUAGAGAAGAAGUAUAGAUCAGAAGUGACACAUGCAGAAAUUACUUGUUGCUUGGCUUCUAGGACAAAACAUACAAUUUGGAGUUUAAUUCAGAGAUUUCCUGUCACAAAGAAAGAACAAACAGAAUUUCGGCCAAAGACAGAGCGAGGAAAUGCAUGUGCUGUUGAAUCUGAAAACACAGGAGUGAACAAGACACGUGAGCGACUCAGCAGUGGGAUCUCCCAGGUGUCAGUGAGAAGAGGGGAAUCAGAGUUUGAUUCCUUCAGGCAAUUGCUACCAGUUUUUGAAAAACAGGAUGAAAUUGUUAAACUAAUAAAGGAUAAUAUGGUUGCUUUGAUUGUAGGAGAAACUGGAUCCGGAAAAACUACACAAAUCCCUCAGUUCCUUCUGGAUGACUGUUACAAAAAUGGGACUCGUUGUCAUAUAUUUUGCACUCAGACGAGACGUUUGGCAGCCGUUGCUGUGGCUGAGAGAGUGGCAGCAGAAAGAGGAGAAAAGAUUGGCCAGCCAGUCGGUUAUCGGGUCCGAUUAGAAAGAAGGGUUUCUCCAAAGACACUGUUAAUGUUUUGCACUAAUGGCAUCCUGCUUCGCACGCUAAUGGCAGGAGACAGCGCUCUGUCAGUAGUGACACAUAUUAUCGUGGACAAAGUACACAAGAGGGACAGGUUCAAUGACUUCUUGCUAAUAAAACUGAGAGAUGUGUUGCAGGAUCAGACUAAUUUAAAACUAAUUAUUUCUAGUGCUGCUCUGGAUGCAAAUCUCUUUGUUAGCUAUUUCGGAAGUUGCCCAAUCGUGCGCAUACGAGGAAGACCUUCUGAAGUUCAAGAAAUGUUUUUGGAGGAUAUUUUACGAAGCACUGGAUGUAUAAACAAAGAGAUGCUAAAGUACCGAGAAGAGAAGCAGCAAGAAGAAAAGCAGCAGAGUGCUGUGAGUGACUGGUGUUCUGCUCAAGAAAAUAAGAGCGAACUGGGAUCUUGGAGACAAAGAUCUGUCCCAAGAGCAGAUGAAGAGGAUAAUCUCUUGGAUGAUGGUGGUGACACUGUGUUUAAUCAUCUGGCUGAAAAAGAUGUGAGUUGCCUUGAACCAUGGUUAAUAAAAGAAAUUAAUUCUUGUCUUUCUGACAUCUGGUUGUAUAAAGAUGUUGAUGCCUUUGCUCAGGUGUUCCAUCUCAUCCUCACUGAAAAUGUCAGUGUUGAUUAUAGGCACAGUGAAACCAGCGCCACUGCGCUAAUGAUUGCUUCAGGGAGAGGCUUUUUGAGUCAAGUAGAGCAACUGAUCAGUAUGGGAGCAAAUAUCCACUGGAGAUCAUCCAAUGGCUGGAUGGCUUUGAACUGGGCAAAACACUUUGGACAGACCGAGGUUGUUGACCUGUUGGAGCCCUACGAUGCUUUGGUGGAAUCUGGCAAUACGGAUGAAAGUUCCCUGGUCCAGACAAGUGACGGUGAUCUUAGUGCAGAGGACAGAGGACUAUUGACAGCUUAUCAUCACAGUUUUGAUGGUGAAAAAGUAGAUCUGGACCUGAUUAUGCUUCUUUAUAACGUCUGUCACAGUUGUGGUGCUGGAGCAAUUUUAAUAUUUCCUCCUGGCUGUGAUGAGGUAGUUAGCCUGAGAGACCGUAUUCUUUUUGAUGACAAGAGAUUUGCUGCUAAUGCUCACAGAUACCAAGUUUUCAUGCUUCAUUCCAGUAUGCAGACCUUGGAACAGAAGAGGAUGCUUCCAAGUCCAUCUUCUGGCAUCUGCAAAUUGAUUCUUUCUACGAAUAUUGCGGUAAGCAGCAUAACAAUCAAUGAUGUUGUAUUUGUUAUUGACUUGGGCAAGGUGGAAGAGAAGGCUUUUGAUGCACGAAGUUGUGUUACCAUGUUAAAAACGGUGUGGAUUUCAAAAGCCAGUGCUGUCUAGGAAAAGUCAAGGGCUGGGUGCUGUCAGCCUGGAAUCUGUUUUUGUCUCUUCAGCAGUCUCCGAUUUCCGAAUAUGCUGGAAUUUCAGACUCCAGAACUUCUAAGAUUGCCACUGCAGGAGCUUUGUUUGCACAAUUGUCCAGUUGUUGACUUCCUUAUGAAAGCUCCCAAUCCUCCGCCGGCUUUAACUGUGAGAAACGCAGUGCAAAUGCUUAAGUCAAUGGAUGCCAUGGACCCAUGGGAAGAUCUCACUGAACUUGGUUAUCAUCUCACUGAACUACCAGUAGAGCCACAUCUUGGUAAAAUGGUGUUGUGUGCUGUUGUUCUGAGGUGCCUGGAUCCCGUUUUUACCAUUGCUUGCACUCUUGCUUAUCGAGACCCUUUCGUCCUACCUACGCUGGCCUCUCAAAAACGUUUUGCUGCAGGAACGUUUAGUGACCACAUGGCACUUCUGAGGGCUUUCCAGGCGUGGCAGAAGGCACACAGGGACCGCUGGGAGCGAGCCUUUUGCGAGAAGAACUUCCUGUCUCAAGCCACAAUGGGAAUCAUAGGAAUGAGAACACAGUUCCUUGGCCAGCUUAGAGCCUCAGGUUUUGUUAGAGCCAGAGGAGGAGCCGAUAUCAGAGAUGUUAAUACUAACUCUGAAAACUGGGCUGUAGUUAAAGCUGCCUUAGUGGCUGGGAUGUAUCCCAACCUAGUGCAUGUAGACAGAGAAGGCAUGAUUUUGACGGGACCAAAGGAGAAGAAAGUGUGAUUCCGUCCUUCCUCUGUUCUUAGUCAACCUCAUUAUAAAAAGAUUCCCCCAGCAAAUGGGCAAGAUGCAGCCAUUCAGGUGCUCCCUACAGAGUGCCUUGUAUACGAAGAAAUGACGAGAGCUCGUGGGAUAACGAGUAUCCGAUGCUGUUCUGUGGUGACACCUAUCACCGUGGCACUCAUCUGCAGACCGGCGAGAUUACUAAGUGAUGCUUUGCAGGAGCCAUCAUUCGUUCGAGUCCUUGGAACUCCUAAAAACAAGGAAGUGACAACAGAGAAUUGGAUUUGA